CCCCCUCCGUCACUUCCUGCCGGCGCUGCUGGCCCGCGGGCGCGGAGCCGCGGCCCAGCCAUGGUCGCGCUGGAGAACUCGGAGGGCGGCGCGGAGGAGGCAGCGGGGGGCACCCCGGGCGCGCGGCGGAGGCUGCCCCUUCAGGGAUACCUGCCUGCCCUAGCCACCUCCCAAGUGAAGAGGUUCUCAGCUUCCAGACGGAAGCAGCACUUCAUCAACCAGGCAGUGCGAAACUCAGACCUGGUCCCCAGGGCCAAGGGUCGGAAGAGCCUCCAGCGGCUGGAGAACACCCAGUACCUCCUGACCCUGCUGGAGACAGAUGGGGGCGCGCCCAGUCUGGAGGAUGGGGACCUAACACCUGCUGCGGCGCCAGGCAUCUUCGCAGAGGCUUGCAGCAAUGCCACCUACAUGGAGGUGUGGAACGACUUCAUGAACCGCUCAGGGGAGGAGCAGGAGCGGGUGCUCCGCUACCUGGAAGACAAGGUUCAGAGCAAGGCCCGUAGGAGGGGGCCUGGCCGCGGGGAGGACGGCAGGAGAGAGGACCCGGCCUACACACCUCGAGAGUGCUUCCAGCGCAUCAGCCGGCGCCUGCGAUCUGUGCUUAAGCGGGGCCGCAUCCCCAUGGAGACCCUGGAGACCUGGGAAGAGCGGCUGUCGAGGUUCUUUUCCGUGUCCCCUCAGGCCGUGUACACGGCUAUGUUGGACAACAGCUUCGAGAGGCUGCUGCUCCACGCCGUGUGCCAGUACAUGGAUCUCAUCUCGGCAAGUGCCGACCUGGAGGGCAGGCGGCAGAUGAAAGUCAGCAAUCGCCACCUGGACUUCCUGCCCCCUGGGCUGUUCCUGUCAGCCUACCUAGAGCAGCACAGCUGAUGGCGGCCACACAGAGCCCCUGCCACUGCCACGCCAUGCCCAGACCUCUGGUGCCAUCUGUUAAGACAUCUUUCCUGUUUUUAGACUUUAUUCUUGGAAACCAGUUUUCCUGUGGAGUGGCUCUUUCUUGUUCACUCUUCAUCCCCACCCUGCCCAGCUCUUAAGACAUCAAUGCUGGCCACAGGGGCUGCCCAGACUAUGCCAGCCCCCUAGUGCCCCACCUUGGGACUUGAAUUUGGGUGGGGAGAUCUCACUGGGCACUUCCAUCUCUCUGCUUUGUUUAGCUUUUACUUUGGGGGUCGCUCGGUCUGUGGCUCAGGCGGAUAGGAAUAGGCUGAGUUUUUAUCACUUUUAAUCAAUUGGGCAAGAUUUAUUGUAGAUUUUUAAUUUCUCUUUUGGAGGGAAAAACCAAAAUAGGCCCCAGAUGGCUCAUUGUGGGGCUUUGUCGUGAUCCUUGCUUGUCCCGUCCCACUUUUUAGCCGUGUUCGUGUGUGUUGGGGGGGGUCCUCUGGGACCCUCCCCCUUGCUCCAGGAGCAUUUCCUUUUGUGUACUUAUGUGUGUAACCCCACGAGUGUGCAUGUGGGCCCUGCAACCUAGGACACAGCUCUGUUUUAAGGCUGGUUUGAUGCUUUCUGUUAUGCAUGUAGCCACCUCCCCCUCCCGCCUGCUCCUUGCAGCCCCUCUUUUGCCCCCACUCUUACUUUGGGGAUCCAGAACUUCCAGCCAGAAGCUUCUGUCCUCACCUCCUGUCCCCUCCUACAUUCCCUCUGCCCAGCCUGGCCCUGGCCUCUUGGUCAGGGCCCCCUGCUGGUCACCAUCAGGGGACUCAGAUAUGGAGCAGGCCCAGCCCCUUGUCCUGUGUGUGGCCCGUUGCGUGUGGGGAAGGGGGUGUUUAAUAAAUUCCUGGUGCUCUGGC